UCAUCAUAUUCCUAAUAAUAAUCUGUGUCCAUGCUCCAUCAUCUGCUUUUUCGGAUGAUGAUGAGCGAUAUCUGAGCUGCGUGAAGUCAUUUGAUUGCGGAAAUAUUAAGGGUGUUGGUUAUCCUUUCUCGGGAUCCGAUAGGCCUGAUUACUGUGGCUAUCCCGGGUUUGAGCUCGGUUGCAGCAACCAAGAUCCGGAGAUCACAAUCAUGCAAUUGAGUUACAAGCUCCUUGGCAUCAAUAACCAGUUGCGGACUCUCAAUGUUUCUAGAACAGAUUACACAGAAAAUCUUUGCCCUACUCUCCUUUCCAACACCUCUUUUGAAUCCAAAUCUCUUGAGUUCCACUUCAGAUCAUGCUGAGGUAACACUGUACUAUGGUUGCCCUAGUCCAAGCCCAGCAGGUUUUUCAGCUCAGUUUACUUGCAACGUUAACGACACUGGUAUGAUGGGAUACUUUAGAACAGUCAACCUCUCUGUCCUCAGUAUGACUGCUCCCAGCUUAAUCAGCUACCUGACAGCAUGCAACAAUAGUGUUAAAGUUCCUGCCCAUCUAUCAGCUAUUAUGCCAAUUCUACCCAAUCCAACUGUAGCACAGUUGCUUGAAGCUAUUAAUCAAGGUUUUGAGUUGGAGUGCAGUGCAAAUGAUUCAUUAUGUGAUACAUGCAAAUCUUCCGGUGGUCAGUGUGGGUACAACCACACCACUACAGCACAGUUAGUUGUUAAUGUAUCCGUUUAAAAAUAAAUAAAUGAUCAAUAGCUAUAUAAUUAUGGCUAAAAUGAAAUUAAAGAAAUAGUCUUUCCUUGUGAUUAAAAUACACUCUCCUACCGCUAUCAGCACGACGCCUCUUGCUCUGGACCUAGUCAUACUGCAUGUUCAGUCAACAUUUUACUUCUCAACAGUGCUGUUCAAGAAUGGAAUUCAGUACGGUAUCAUAAUGAAAACAAAUCAGGUUUAGUUUUCUCCAACCUCUACAGAAUUUCCCUGCAGUUUCUCUCCAUCUCUGGAAAUGCAACACCAUCUCUUUCCUACCAUGUCUUGGUUCAUCGUGUUCCUAACAAUAACCUUUGUCCAUGCUCCAUCAUCUGCCUUUGCCAACGACGAUGAGCGAUAUGUAAGCUGCAGCAACUCGUUUGAUUGUGGAGAUAUUAAGGGUGUUGGUUAUCCUUUCUGGGGAUCCAAUAGGCCUGAUUACUGUGGCUAUCCGCAGUUGAAGCUCCACUGCAGUGACCAAGAUCUGGAGAUCACAAUCGAGAAAUUGACUUACAAAGUUCUUGGCAUCGAUAACCAGACACGGACUCUCAGUGUUGCUCGAACAGAUUAUGCAGAAAACAUCUGUCCGACACUCAUUCUCAACACCACUUGGAUACCCAGUCUAUUGAACUACACAUCCGAUGAUCAGAACAUAACAAUCUACUAUGGUUGCCCCACUCAAGGUGCACCAACUUCAACAGCUUUACCGCAGUUUCCCUGCAACAUAAACGCCACUGAGAUGACGGGCUACUUUACAGCGUUUGCCAACUUGUCGGAUCUUGGAAGCUCUUCUUCUAACUUGACCAGUUACCUGGCAUCGUGCAAAGAUAGCAUUAAAGUUCCAGUACGUGAAUCAGCUUUUCAGCAAAUUUUAAGUGCUCCAACUGCAGCACAGCUGCUGGGAGGUCUAAAUCAAGGUUUUGGUUUGAAGUGGAAUGCAUCUCAUAACUUCUGUGAUACAUGCCAAUCUUCUGGCGGUAAGUGUGGGUACAACCAGAGUACUACAGCAUUUACUUGUUAUUGCAAGGAUCAACCUCAACAAUUUUCUUGCCAACAAUCUCCAACUGACGCUCAAUCCCCAACUAAUGAUCAAUCCUCAAGUAUGUCCUCUUGCCUGUUAUUAUUUUUUUUCCGCUGAUGUCACACUAGGAGUAAAUAGGAAAACAGACAACUUAUACUUGGAUUCUGCCCUUUCCAGAACCCAAGAUAUGUCCUCCUCCAAAUUAGGUAAUGGUAGAGGUAGGAUCUUUGCUAAUAGAAAACUGACCUGUUAUCAGUCAAGGAAACCAUGAAGAGGAUGCGAUAUUAUUGCAUCCAAUCACCCCAGGAAUAGGUGCGAAUCACCAUUCCUUUGGUUUAAGUAAUGAGCCUGGGCAGCCAUUAGGAAUUAUUCAAAGUUCCAUGAUCCUGAAGAAAACAUCUUCCUUGACCUAUUACUUCCUUGUGUAACAAGGAAGCAAGGCCUUUAAGUAACUCACAAAGACUUGGCAACAUGGGAAUUAAUAAAAAAAUUUAUCUUUGUCAACCAAUUUGUUGUCAUUAUAAUUAUCUA